AUGGCUCGGGACAUGUCAGAUAAAGACAUCUUGAAAAUGGAGCUGGAGCAGUUGCAGAAAGAAGUUAACACACCCCGAACUGCAGUCUCUGCAACUGCCUCUGAAAUUAUUGCCUUUGUUGAGGCUCAGUCUGCAGAAGACCCCUUGAUCAAGGGAGUUCCUGAAGACAAGAACCCCUUUAAGGAGAAGGGAGGUUGCAUAAUAACGUAG